AUGCGUGCAUUACAGCCGGACCUUCUUAUCAUUGAUGCAGCUUCGAAGUUAAUUGACAAUGGCGCAAACAAAAACUUAAAACGACUGUAUUCUAUCGUGGAUGCCAAAGAGGGUCACGAUCGAUAUUACGUUGCACUUGUUGAAAUUGAAGAUCUUCGACAAAUCGCGAACGAAAGAGGAAUUCAAGCAAGCUGA